ACCAGUACCUGUUCCCUCUCUGUUUUGGUUCUGACCAAGUGGGUAUUGUUCUACAAAUGGAUAAUGGAGACUGGGUCCAUAGGAUGACAACUCCUAUUACCCUGAACGUGGGAGGCCACCUGUACACCACUAGUUUAUCCACCCUACAGCGCUAUCCAGACUCCAUGCUGGGCGCCAUGUUCAGGGGAGAUUUCCCCACAACUCGUGAUUCCCAAGGGAAUUAUUUCAUUGAUCGGGAUGGAACACUUUUCCGGUACAUCCUGAACUUUCUGCGGACAUCUGAGCUCACCCUCCCUGUGGACUUCGCAGAGACAGACCUCUUGAGAAAAGAGGCGGACUUCUACCAGAUCGAGCCUUUGAUCCAGUGCCUUAACGAUCCCAAGCCGCUGUACCCUCCUGACAUCUUCGAGCAGGUAGUAGAGCUCUCUAGCACUCGGAAACUCUCAAAAUAUUCAAACCCAGUUGCUGUUAUCAUCACACAGGUAACCAUAACUACGAAGGUUCACUCCCUGCUCGAAGGUAUUUCCAACAACUUCACUAAGUGGAACAAACACAUGAUGGACACUAGAGACUGCCAGGUGUCCUUCACCUUUGGACCAUGUGACUAUCAUCAGGAGGUGUCCCUAAGGGUUCACCUCAUGGACUACAUAAUGAAACAAGGCUUCACCAUUCGGAACACACGUGUGCAUCACAUGAGCGAGCGUGCAAACGAGAACACGGUGGAGCAUCAUUGGACUUUCUGUAGACCAGCUCACAAAGUUGAAGACUGAGUUACAGCACAGUUGUGGAUGCCAUUACUGUUUGCUUUGUCUUCAUAUUAUACAAAUCGUCAUCAUGUAGUGUAUCACUAAUGAUUUUCUUAAUUUUGAUGAAUGCAGCACAAAGCUCAAAGUCCAGAUACUGUGGGUAGCGCACAAACAAUAAAAAUGUGAAUUCUUGAUUUAUUCACUUUGAGUUAGUGUUAUUGUGGUGUAACACUUUAUCUGUGCUACCACAACAUAUUUGAUGUCUUGACAGAUAAACAUUACUUAGGUUACACAACAAAAACUGUUUCUUUGUUUUUAAGCAGAAACAGUGUAUAGUUAUGUUUCUUCACUUAGGAAUAAUGUUUUAUACCCCAUCGUUGUACAGAAGGUGGUUACAUUGAGUUUUAUGAAAACAAUUAUGCAUAUGUUUAUCCCAACAUCAGUAAUAAAAUGACUGUGAACAGGUAGCCAUGAUUUGAGACUCUGCACUUACAUAUGGGAUUAAAUCUAUAGUCUUAACAUGCAUUAAUGUAAAUGUAUACCACAAUCUGGGGGGUCAAGGAGAAAAUAUUCUAAAAGCCCUCUUAUUCACAAGUUAAAUCAUGUUCUGGACUAGAGAGACUGAACAAGGAGCUUUUUUCUAAUCCCAUGGUGUCAGGAAUGUUCUUUUUUGACAUAAUGUUACCUUUUGUGAAAUUUAAAGUAGAUCUUAAAAUUGGUCUCUUAGCUCUAUUAUCUCCUUAUGGGGUACUUUUUCUGAAGGCCCUAGUAGCUGUUGCAUGUCUGUCUUGUGUAUGUAUAUGUAUUUUCUGUGUGCAUUUUGCAGUAUUAUGACAUACUGUUACAUUUUCAUAUCAAAAGUGAUGUUUGGUCACCCCAGCUAAAAUAAACCCUUUUGUGUAUUUGUCAGUCAUGAAAUAUUCCUUUAUGGUUGAUCUUUUCACCUUAACUGAUUGGCACUACAGCUCCUGUGGUGUUUCAGCUAUUGUAAAACCCAGCCACAUCAGCUACUUUUAAUUAUACUAUAUGUACUCAAGUUGAGAAACCCAAGCCACUUUUUCUGACUGAACAAUAUGAUGCUGUUGUCUUUUGAUUUGCAGUUUAUGUUUAUCUUAAAUUACAAUAAUGAGUGACUGAUUCUCACUUGUUAAGGGGCCUUAUACAUCCUAGUUAAAGCCUCAGUGCUGUUUAAAAUGCACUUUCAAAUUUGUGAAAACAGACAACAGACCAGCUCUAAUUUAAAAAACCACUAUACUCAGAUUAACAGGGAGGGUGUAAAUGACAACUCUGGAUUAACAUAAUCUGGAUGUUUAUGGUAAAGUGUGUGAGUGUGUUUAUCUAUAAACAUUUCAGUCUUAUGAAAAGUCCUAUUGCCAUUAGCCAGAGAAAUUAUUUGUAUGGGUGUACUGUAAUUCAUGUGUGGGUUUAAGUGUCAAGCAUUCAGUGAGAAAC